GACACAACCACCCAUUUGUGUUUGAAGUUAGCCAAACAGAGCCUUAUUACAUUUGAAGACUUCAGAUGUUUUCAGCCCAUUUCUGUAAUUACUUGUUUCGGUGCUUCACAUUUUUUAGCAGUAAUUGGAAAUUUUGAGAAAAUGCCCGCUCUCUGAUUUCCCCUCGAUCUCUCCGAUUUCCAUUUUCAUCUACUCCACUUUCUCUCUCUUUAAGCCCUAAUCACUUUUUCUGUCGACAUUUCUUUUUCUCCUAAAAUUCGAAGAAACCCACCAAAUUAUACGGUAAGCAUUUCUUCAUAAUUUAUCAAUUUUCUUUUUCGCAGCGUAAUUUUCCCUGUAGGCAUGAUUAAUUGGGGAAUCUGAGAUGUUAAUUAAUGGUAAAUCGGCGAGGCGCAUGUGCUUUGGUGCCUUUAUCAUUAACUGAUAUAAUAUUCAUUUUUGCUGGUUUUUCUAAUAAUUUAUUGAUGGGCGAUCGAUUUUUCGGUCGAUUGAGCUGAGCUUCUGUGAAAUUAGGGAUUUUUUUUUUAAUUCAAUAGCCUUAUCUGUCGCCUCGCGUGAUUCCGCGCUUGUGGCACGUUGUUUCGUGUUUUUGGGGUAUACUUGGCAUGUUAUCCGAAUCUCUCUUACAUAGAAUAACGUCAGCGUGUGUGUAUGUGUGUGUGUAUGUGUAUGUAUAUGUGCAUCUGAAUCUUGAUUGAUAUAGUGAUACUUUAUUUUCUAAAUAUCGAAUUUUGUUUCUGAGCGUAUAUAAAUAUAGUGGAUGUGUGCAUUUUGGUCUCCGCCAAUAAUUCUUCAACUAGGAUCCAGAUUUGCUUUGUGGAUAACGAGGACAUGGCAAAAGGUACAAGAGGUCGGCGCCGGAUCGCUUCACGGCAGUGCAGGCCAACACCAUACCCCCUACCAUCUUACAAAGAAAAGGAGGACACUUGCUCCAAGGCAAUCAAGAAAGACUGGGAAGAUGCUACAUGCUCAGUGUGCAUGGAGUGUCCUCACAAUGCUGUUCUUCUCUUGUGUUCCUCCCAUGACAAAGGAUGCCGUCCUUACAUGUGCGGGACCAGUUUUCGCUAUUCAAACUGCCUUGACCAAUACAAGAAGGCCUAUGCAAAAGCAACUCCACCUGACAGCCAUCCGGUUCACGAUUCACUUGAUAGUCAAGUUAUUGGUCCGUUUUCGGGUCAGUCUGCAGACAAUGGUGAUACUGCAGAGCUUGCAUGUCCACUUUGCAGGGGCCAGGUGAAGGGAUGGACUGUUGUGGAGCCUGCACGAGAGCAACUCAAUGCCAAGAAACGAAGUUGCAUGCAGGAAAAUUGUACAUUUAUGGGAACAUUCAAAGAGUUGCGGAAACAUGUGAGGGCGGACCACCCUUCUGCGAAGCCAAGAGAAGUGGAUCCGACUCUAGAGCAGAAGUGGAGGAGGAUGGAGCGUGAGCGAGAGAGGGAAGAUGUGAUGAGUACCAUAAGAUCAUCAAUGCCGGGGGCAGUGUUUUUUGGUGAUUAUGUGAUAGAAGGAGGUCAUUAUGAGUUUGAUUCCGAUGAAGAGGAGGGUUUUGAUAUAAAUGCUAUGGAACGGAAUGAGGGCAUGGAAGUUGGCGUUAAUCGGAAUUUGAUGUCUAUGUUUCUCUUUCUGCAGGCCUUUGGUUCUGCAGGCAAUGUGGGAUCGAACAGAGGUGCUAGACGACAAGAGAGAGACUCCACCAACGGUGGUGCACUUGAUAGAGGUUCUAUGAGAUUGCAUCGUGAUAACCCAAUAGAUGAUUUAGAGUUUUCUGAUCAAGAUAGUGAAAAUGAUGAUGAUGUCGGAAAUGAAAACGACGGGAACGGCGGUACGUCUUUGGUUGGCCGCCUACGUCGUCAAGGUAGAGUCCUUUUGGGGCGUUCCGGGAGGAGGAGAAGGAAUAGAGAGGUGAAUCAAGGGAUGAGAUAGUUACCUUUGCCUGAAAUUGGCAACAUAAAAAAAAGUUAUAGUUCACGGGUAGGAAAUGCUUAGCUGUAACUUUUUAACAUUUGCAUGCACAUUUGCUAUUCCAUGAUCCAUUAAUUCAUGAGUUGUAAGAUACUAUUAUAGGAUAGCUCAGGAAUAUGGAUGAAAAACUUGCUUCAUGUAAUUUACUUUGUAAUUCCUGAUUAAUUUGUUUAUGAUUUGUUAAUUAUUCACUCA